AUGUUCAAGCACUUUAGUGUCGACGAGCACGUGAGCACGAGCAGCAAGGUCAAGUCUUCACAGCAACGCAGCAUCCGGUCCAAGGUAGUGGAGCAGUAUCCGGACUUGGCGCCGUAUUCGGAGAUGCUCAUGCCCAAGAAAGCAGCGAUGGUAGUCGCAAAAUGUCACAACCAUAUUCAGAUUGUGCUGCAUGAAGGCGAACCCGUUUUUUUCAACCAGCGCGACGGACCGUUUAUGCCCACGCUUAAGCUGCUGCACAAGGUGCCGCAUGUGAUGAAGCAGGUGCGCGCAGACAAGGGCGCGAUCCCGUUUGUGCUCUCGGGAGCUAACGUCAUGUGCCCUGGCCUCACCUCGGCGGGAGGUGACAUGCCCGAGUCCCUUGAGGCCGGAACUCCAGUGGCUAUUAUGGCGGAAGGGAAGGAGCACGCGAUGGCGAUUGGCAUCUUGACCAUGUCCACUGAUGACAUCCGGAACAACAACAAGGGCGUAGCGAUCGAGAUGGUGCAUUUUCUCGGCGACGACCUCUGGACAUGCCCGCAUAUCGAUUAG